GGCGGGGCCGCUGGGGUGCGCGCCGCUCGUCGACUGGCCAUGGAAGCGUCCCGCGGCCGCGGGGGACUGGCCGCGCUCUGGUGCCUCGGGCUGCUGGGGGGCCUGGCGCGCGUCGCGGGCACGCACUACCGCUACCUGUGGAGGGGCUGCGUCCCGUGCCACCUGGGCCAGGCCGGCUACUCCGGGAACGCCGGGGACCGGAGGCCAGAUGUGGAUGAGUGCCAGGUGCACAAUGGCGGCUGCCAGCACAGCUGUGUGAACACGCCAGGCUCCUACGUCUGUGAGUGCAAGCCCGGAUUCCGGCUCCACGCGGACGGCAGGACCUGUUUGGCCAUCAACUCUUGUGCCCUGGGGAAUGGCGGCUGCCAGCACGAGUGUGUCCAGCUCACGGUGACCCAGCACCGCUGCCAGUGCCGCCCCGACUUCCAGCUCCAGGAGGACGGGAAACGCUGUGUCCGGAGAAACCCGUGCGCGGACCGGAACGGCGGCUGCGCUCACAUGUGCCAGGUGCGCCGGGGGCUCGCCCACUGUGAAUGCCACGCGGGCUUCCUGCUGGGGGCGGACCGCAGGUCCUGCGAAGAUGUGGACGAAUGUGCCACAGGGCAGGCGCGGUGUGCCCACGGCUGCCUCAACACCCGGGGGUCCUAUAAGUGCGUGUGCCACCCCGGCUACGAGCUGGGCGCUGAUGGCCGACAGUGCUACCGGAUCGAGAUGGAGAUCGUGAACAGCUGUGAGGCCGGCAACGGGGGCUGCUCCCACGGCUGCAGCCACAGCAGCGCGGGGCCCCUGUGCAGCUGCCCCCGUGGCUACGAGCUGGACCAGGACCAGAAGACGUGCAUCGACGUGGACGACUGUGCGGACUCGCCGUGCUGUCAGCAGGUCUGCAGCAACAGCCCCGGCGGGUACGAGUGUGGCUGCUACGCCGGCUACCGGCUCAGCGCCGACGGCUGCGGCUGCGAGGACGUGGACGAGUGCGCGUCCGGCCGCGGCGGCUGUGAGCACCACUGCACCAACCUGGCCGGCUCCUUCCAGUGCUCCUGUGAGGCCGGCUUCCGGCUGGACGAGGACCGUCGAGGCUGUGCCCCCCUGGAGGUACCCGAGGCAGACCUGGAUGGCCAGCUGCCCUUCGUGCGGCCCCUCCCACACGUCGCGGUGCUCCAGGACGAGCUGCCCCACCUCUUCCAAGAUGACUACGUGGGGGCCCAGGAGGAGGCAGCAGCGGUGGAGGCCCGGGGCGAGCACACACUGCUGGAGAAGUUCGUGUGCCUGGACGCCUCCUUCGGCCAGGACUGCAGUCUCACCUGUGAUGACUGCAGGAACGGGGCCACCUGCCUCCCGGGCCUGGACGGCUGUGACUGCCCUGAGGGCUGGACCGGGCUCAUCUGCAAUGAGACUUGUCCCCCAGACACAUUUGGGAGGAACUGUAGCUCGUCCUGCAGCUGUCAGAACGGGGGGACCUGCCACCCCGCGACGGGGGCCUGCCGCUGCCCCCCUGGCGUCUCUGGAGCCCACUGUGAGGACGGCUGCCCCAAGGGCUUCUACGGCAAGCAGUGUCACAAGAAGUGCCACUGUGCCAAUCGUGGCCGGUGCCACCGCCUCUACGGGGCCUGCCUCUGCGACCCGGGGCUCUACGGCCGUUUCUGCCACCUGGCCUGUCCUCCGUGGGCCUUCGGGCCGGGCUGCUCGGAGGAGUGUCAGUGCGAACAGCGGAACGCGCUUGCGUGCGACCGGAGAGACGGCAGCUGUUCCUGCAAAGCGGGCUUCAGGGGCGAGCGGUGUCAGGACGAGUGCGAGCCAGGCUUCUUCGGGCCCGGGUGCCUGCAGGCAUGUGCCUGCCCUCAGGGCAUGGCCUGUGACCCCGUCAGCGGCCAGUGUGGGAAGCGGUGUCCCGCCGGCUACUGGGGGAAGGACUGUGACCAAG